CAACCCGUCAGUAGCUAAUCGGCGUCCCUUCACGCUCGUCUCUCCCGACUUCUUUAGCGGGAGUCUAGCAGAACAAAGAAAGCAAACUGAGGGAUGUCGUCGUCGAUGGAAGAAUCCAAACCCAACAACGACCUCGAUUUUAACCGAGUCCAACUCAGCGAUUCCGAUUCCCUCCUCUCUCGCCUCCAACACUCCCUAAAUUCAUGCUCUAAGUCUCUGGAAGCUGAAGAUUUCCGACAGUCGGAUGCUGCAGUCUGCGAUCUCGUCGACUUCCUCGAUUCUGUCAGCAGCUCUGCGCUGUCCAAUCCCGAAGAUGAGAUUUCGAAACGAAACGCGUUGGAAGUUCUCACCGCGAUUCGUCAGUUCGUAUCCUCUCCUCCAUUGGAUCAGGCAAUCAUGGAUGCUUUGUCAUUUGAGCUGCCCAAGGUAGUUGUGAAAUUCGGGGGCGUGUCAGAUGAUUGUCGGGAGGUUGCUGAAAGUAUUGUCGAUCAUUUCGUCUCAGUUUGUAGUCCGAGGGACAUGCUUUCGAUCCUUUGUGAGGCACUGGAUUCCCUCCCUAAAGUGUUGAAGACACCAGCUUGUUAUGUUCCUAUUUUGAGUGGGCUGUCGAAAGUAUUUCUCUGCAUUCAGAGACGCCACUUGGAGCAAAUAAAAGUAGCUGUCCCUGUUAUUCUCAACACUGUAAGGGCUGUAUGUACGGAGAUAGAUGAUGAAGAUAAAGCCUCUCUAAGGGAUUUGCUCAGCAGAGCAAUUAGCAUUGCCAGUUCUAUACAAGCAGUUUGUGAAAAAUUGGUGGGAAAAACAAAAGAGGAACUCCAUGGUCUACUUGGCCUAUACAUCUUACAAGUCAUGGCUCUUAUAUCGAGUAGUAGUCUGGCUGAUAAAGUUUCAAGCUGUAUUUCUUUUGUGUUGCAACUAUCACACUUCCUUCCCUUUUGUGGGCUGUCAUAUCUUGGCCUUAUAACUGGAUCUGAUGUUGAGGCGAUUAGUAAUAUGAUUCUUGAAGAGGACUGUGAGAAUUUCAUGAGUUGCUUUUCCUCUGUCAAGAAUGGCGCACCUCUUGCAGUAAUCUGGGGCCAUAUAUCUGAUGAUAUUGCAAAGGCUGCUGGUGAGGACUUGGCCGCUGUCAAGAGUAAACUCCAAAGAGACCAGACUAAAAGGUGGCAGGCAGUAGGGAUGUUGAGAUAUGUACUAUCCUCCAUUGACCAGCCAUGGGAUUUACAAAGUUGUGCUAUUGACUUCAUAUUGAGUAUUAUGGAUGGAAAUAUCUCUAGAGAAUAUAACGGGAAUCAUUCAGAUUGCUCAUCUUGCAUGCCUAGUCUUUUCACUGCCCUGCAGGCUGUUGAACGGGUCAUUAUGUAUGCCUCAGAUGCUCUGUUGAGAAAGAAGGCUUUUACCGUUUUGAAAAAAGUACUCGCAGAUAUUCCAACUGUUCAAAGGUUUGACAUAUUAAAGGCUCUAAUUACAAAUAACAACUCUCCUUCUAUGAUUGCAAUUCUUAUAGAUAUUGUGAGGGAGGAAUUGCUCAAGGAAAAUCAUCAAGAAGUUUUAUCAAGAGACGCUGAUAUGAUAGAAGUAGACAAUAAAAUUUAUCCAAGUUCGCCAUUUUGGAGUUCCAAUGUCCUUGACUUGGUGGGGUUCAUCUUGAAACCUCCAAAGGGAGUGCCGCCUACCAUGCCAGAACACAGUGAUGCGGUUGUAUCGGCUCUCAACCUUUACAGAUUUCUAUUGAUAAAGGAGUCAACAGGAAAAACAAAUUACAGUGGUGUGCUCUCAGAAACCAACUUGCAGAAGGCUUACACAGAAUGGUUUCUGCCUCUUCGGGCACUGGUAUCUGGAAUUGAAGCAGAGAAUGAAAAGGAUUGCAGCGAAUUUGCAGUUGAUACGCUUUGUGCCUUGAAUCCCGUUCAGUUGGUAUUGUACCGUUGUAUUGAGCUCGUUGAAGAGAAUCUGAAACAGUUUUAAGUAAUUCAAAAUGUUAAGGAUCUCCUUUGGCUUACAUGGAAGAAGCUCUUUAUUUCUUAGGCACUCAAUUGCAAUUUUUAAGAUCAUGGUUUUGAUUUCC